GUAUUUAUCAUUACAGGGACGUCAAAUGCUACCAUGAGAGUGAGAACAGUGCAUUUGUUGAGCAUCGGACUGGUUGCCGGAAUCUUUGCCAUUCAAGCAUCUUGUGAUUCGUCGAAAACCGAUGUCAAGGAAGAACAAAGGAAGGCCAGACAAAUUUACCGAGAGCAAACCUACGGAUUGAACACUAAUCUCAACACAAUCCAUCAUAAAAAGCGUCCUGCUUACAAUCCUUUGGACUCCUAUUACAGGCAACAUCAGCAUAAACCUCUGAGACAUGAUUACAACGUGGACCAUCUUUAUUGGGAUGAUGGAAAAAAAUAUGAUGACAAUUCCGGACAGGACACGUUUUAUGUUGCAAGUACUACUGUGGCAACAGCUACGCUCCGCAGGGACCAGCAUUCCCCGCAAGGUUUCAAAGACAGGAGCGACACCUACUCCGGUGAAGCCAACUAUGCCAAGCCGAGUCUCACACCCGUCGGCCAGGAGUCCUGGCACAAUCAGCAACGCGGGAUUCUGUUGUCCAAUAAUGGUCAUCUAUUGAUCCAGCCUUCUCACGUUUAUGAAAGUUUGGGAGCUUGGAGAAUUAAGUAUUUGCAGGAUGAUCCUUCAACUGGGCACUACUUGGGGUAUUAUGGGGCACAUUUGCCUCUGUUUCAGGCGUUACAGCAAUCAUCGUUUCUGCCAAUUGUUUUGCUGAAUGCUGGGCAAAAUGAUGGUCGGCGACAUGCCGGGGAUUCUUACCAGUACCCCGCUUUCGUUGGUCAUAGACCUUUGGUCUACCGGUGAAACCUUCCAAGAUUUCCAAUUUCACAAGUCUUGCAUGGUUGACGCGAAUUUUUCAACACUAGAGGUCCAUUUGCUCAAUUUGUAUUCGUCAUUCAAGCCCCUUUUGAUCUCUUCUGAAACCAGUGGAAGAAUACAUUCUGAAAAAUUUUGAAUCGAACAAAUGACUCGUUAUCAUAUUGACACUGGGG